GCUAAGUGCCGUUCGGAGUACAGCCCGGACCCGAAGUGUCACAAGACAACGUCCAAAAUUAAACCCAUUGAACCAACUAGCGACUCUCCAGUCCGAUUGAUCAUGGACAGCAAAGAAGCCAUCUCUUGAAAAAUCACUCGAGGAUCCAUACUCAUUUUGCUUUAUUUCUUCUUAAAUCCCUUAACCCUAGGGCCUAGACACAAAACCAGUAGAGAGAGAGAGAGAGAGAGAGAGAGAGAAUGGGGAAGAGAGACAAACAAGAAGAGCUCCUGAAAACCCUAGGAGACUUCACAAGCAAGGAGAACUGGGACAAGUUCUUCACCAUCCGAGGCAGUGAUGACUCCUUCGAGUGGUACGCCGAUUGGCCACAGCUCCGAGCCCCACUCUUCUCCCACCUCUGCCCCAACUCCAACACUCAAACGCCACCUCCCGACGCCGCCGGAUCAUCAGCUUCCGUGCAGAUUCUUGUCCCCGGUUGCGGCAAUUCGAAGCUCUCCGAAUACCUCUACGACGCCGGCUUUAGAUGCAUUACCAAUAUUGAUUUUUCCAAAGUUGCAAUCUCUGAUAUGUUGCGUCGGAACGUGCGUUCACGUCCCGAUAUGCGGUGGCGCGUCAUGGACAUGACCUGUAUGCAG